AAUUGAGAUCCCUUCUUUCAAUAUUACUUCCUCUUGCUGUCAUAAUGAUUGCUAUGGCUAGCCUGUCAAGGUUACACAUGAGCUGAUUUGGUUCUUGUUUUACUAGUAAGUGGUUGCUUAAGAUCUUAAACUAUCCUUCCACGAGGAAGAUACCAUAGCCUCUGCUAGCCUAAUCUGUCAAGGAGGCCUGCCUCUGCAGUUCACAUUCUUCACAAGCCUUCCUUCAGACUAGUGUUCGUACUUCGAGUUCCAUGGUUCAGAUGUCUAUACAGAGGGCUGCAACCCUUUCACCUCGUUGUUCCUUAUCCUUUCCAUUUGAUUGUGUGGGUGGUACAAGUAGAAGAUUGGCCCCAUCUAGAUCCCAGUGUUCAUGUUUUGCCUAUAGUGAAAGACUAUCUCCAAAUGUUCUGAAGACCAACAGAGUCAUUGAUCCCUCUGAACCAAAGAUUUUGGAUGCGAGUUCUUCUGCUUCAAGAACUGGACAAUAUAGCGCAGCUAAUCAUCUAUCAGGCACAAUUGGAGUAAUGGGAACAUCUGCCCCUUCCUCUCUUAGAUUCUUAGAGAAGCUUGUGCAUUGGAGUACCCGAGAUGGAGAAGAGAUACCUCCCUUUGUCAUGUGUCAUGAUCCACUCAUCAAGAAAGAGGUCAUGUCAUCUCAAAAUUCUCAGUUCCCUUCAGACUGUAACACUGCUCUUGGGAAGUUAAGGCAGAGAAGGCUCCUCUUGGAGCAAUCUGGAGUAUGCUGCAUUGUCAUGCCAUGCAAUUCCUUACAUGCCUACCAUUAUGAAAUUUCACAAGGUUGCUCUACACCUUUCCUCCAUAUUGGUGAUUGUGUUGUAAAGGAACUCAAAUCUGCAAACUUAAAACCUGUCGAGUAUGGAAGUAAUGUUCGUGUCGGAAUUCUAAGUACAGACAAUACAUUGGAUGCGAAGUGUUAUCUAAAUAAGCUGGAGAGCCAGGGUUUUGAGGUACUUCUUCCAGAUAAAGAUUCAUUGGAGCACACAGUGUUACCAGCCAUCAGCUCUUUUAGGAGAGGGGACAUGGAAGGUGCGAGAAAUCUAUUGCGAAUAUCACUCCAAAUUAUGUUCGUGAGGGCUGUGAAUACAAUUAUCCUUGCAUCUGAUAACUUUUUUGGUAUAUUACCUGAUGAUGACCCACUUCUCAAGAAAUGCAUAGACCCAAUGGAUGCUUUGGUUAGAGAGACCAUCGCGUGCGCAAGAACAGAUAGCCUGAGACCAUGAUAUCCUUCAAAGUGAUACUGGCUCCUUGUACAGUUUGCAAGUAGUAGCUAUUUUCAUUUUUAUGUCCGGUGAACAUACAUGUAAAUUUUAGGAUUAGAGAAGAAUCCAUUAUUCAUCAAGUCAAUAUCACGAAUAGUACAUAAUGCAUUAUGCAUUUGUGAUCUGGGUAUGCAUUAUGCCUUGCUGCUAAGUCAAGAAAGAUGCCGAGUCCAUUUGCGAGUUUUGAUUUUGUCAGAUGUGUUUGUGGCCUGGCUACACCAGGGAAAAAAUUCAAACAAGAAUCUUGAAAUCAAAUAGGUGAUGUGGAUGUUUCACUGGAUCAGGCUGUAGAUAGAACAAAUGAAGACAUCGUCGAAUCUUAACUGCACAGAAGGAGCACCUAUCCUUUUCAGAUAAGUAGCAACUUCAUUGACAUCUAAGAUCAUUGCUAUUCAGUUUACAUCUUGGUUUUGUCAAAAAUAUAUCCCCAUCAGAAAGAUUGUAGCCUCAUGCUCUGCCAAAUACUUCUGCAACUUCUCCUACAACAGGUGCAAACUCUGCAGAACACUCAUUCAGACAGAAAACCUACCAGUGCCACCUUGCAACCGUCAGUGUGUUCAGUUCAGAGCCUGCAUAGCAACACAGUUACCAGAGUGUAUUUUUUCAGAAGUUGUAACAGAAGAGAUGAUGCUUCCAUUUUGACUUGGGAAAGCUAAGCUGAGUGGGCCUGUUCACUGGUAUUCCAGAGAAUCUGCUGAUUGGUGUGGAAGGCGAGGGGCUUGAAUGUUCUGUGCACAGGUGGGAUUGCAAAAGGUGUGCACAAUGAGUGAGCAAAUGAUUCAGGCUGUCUGCAGAGCCCUUCACCAAACAAGUGGCUACCCUUUCUCCCAUGCAGGAACCAGGGACAAAGAGACAAUGCAACUCCAACUGGGCUACUCUCUGUUCAGUGUAAGCAAGGCACCAAUGCUACUAACCCAAGAUUGAUCAUAUCAUAUCCCUGUGCUAAACAAUACUAAAUAAACAACUGCAGCACCAUGCUGUUAUGUUGUGAUAUAUGUGUAGAUAUUCAGAUAUGGCUUUGUUUCUUCAGUCGUCGCGGUCAGGAUAUUUAUUCCAUUAUCUUAAAAGAAAAAUACUUGCUACAUACAUGUUCAGAUGUUCUGAUGCUUCAUGACCGAUCAAGCUCUUUCCUUUCUCCUCUUCACAAAAGGGAAGAAAAGAUGUGUGUGAUCUUCCC